AUGAGGCGAGGUGCGAGCGUGGUCAUUUGGAGAAUUUCUGCAGAAGCGAGGGGGUUUCCGCAGGUGCGGUACCCGCAGAUGCAGUUAUUGACCGCAAAAGCGGUCCGCGUUUAUGAGGGGAAUUCCGCAGAAGCGGAAAGUGGUGCGCAAGUGCGGAGACCGCAGGAGCGGGAUGGUUACCGCAAAAGCGGUCCUUGGCCUAUUGAAGAUCCUCAGAAGCGGAGGUGCAACCGCAGAAGCGGAAGUCGCAUGUGCGGCAAAGGGACUACAUCUGCGAGGAGACGAUCGCAUCUACGAAAUGGGGAGAGAAGGCCGGGACCGCUUCUGCGGUCUGGAGCCGCAUUUGCGGAGCCGCAUCUGCGGCUUGGGAGCCGCUUCUGCGUUCCUGGCCUGGCCUGCCUGGGCCACUUCUGCGAUACGAGGACCACAUCUGCGGUAAACAAAAUUCUUCAGCUGGUAAUGGAUAAUGGUAUUGUCCAAGUGAUAUUAUCGGUACCAGAUGGCAUUGUAACUGGAAUCAAAUACAAUGGUGUUGACAAUUUGCUUGAGAUUCUAAAUGAUGAUGAAACAAACAGAGGAUACUGGGAUGUUGUCUGGAGUUGGGCUGGGACUAAAGGAACUACUGGAAUUGUUGGCUCAUAUGCACAACCUAUAAGGUCAUAUUGGAAACAGAUGAUCAAAUCCUUCUCAAGGAAUUGGGAUGUGUCACUUCAGGACAAGCUUAUUCCCCUGAACAUAGACAAAAGGUUUAUAAUGCUUAAAGGUUCCUCAGGUUUCUAUUCUGAUGCAAUUUAUGAGCAUUUAGAGGGAUGGCCUGCUUUCAACCUUGAUGAGACUAGGAUCGCAUUCAAGCUCAGAAAAGACAAGUUACAUUACAUGGCAAUCGCAGAUAACAGGCAGAGAUACAUGACCUUACCUGAUGACAGGUUACCAGAUAGAGGACAACCACUUGUUUAUCCAGAAGCAGUCCUACUUGUCAAUCCCGUGGAGCCUGAGUUCAAAGGCGAGGUCGAUGACAAGUAUCAAUACUCAUGUGAGGACAAAGAUCUCAAGGUUCAUGGAUGGAUUUGUAUGGAUCCACCACUGGGGUUCUGGACAAUUAUUCCCAGUGACGAAUUUCGAUCCGGGGGACCCCUUAAACAAAACCUCAUUUCUCAUGUUGGUCCAACUACUCUUUCUGUGAGUAGUAAUCUGCAGCCAUGGAAGAAAGUCUUUGGACCAGUUUUUAUAUAUCUUAAUUCUGUCACUGUAGGGGAGGAUCCCCUUACUCUCUGGAAGGAUGCCAAAGAACAGGUAUAA